GUUCCGCCCGUGCGGGUGCUGGGAACCACGUGGGGCCGGGGCGGGUUUCCGGUGCCGGCGACAGGAGGAGGAGUGGAAGUUCCAGCAGCUGGAGGGGACCAUGGCCAACAGUGAGCGCACCUUCAUUGCCAUCAAGCCUGAUGGGGUCCAGCGCCAGCUUGUGGGGGAGAUCAUCAAGCGUUUUGAGCAGAAGGGGUUCCGCCUUGUUGCAAUGAAAUUCAUACAGGCUUCUGAAGACCUUCUCAAGGAACACUACAUCGACCUGAAGGACCGCCCAUUCUUUACUGGCCUGGUGAAAUACAUGCACUCAGGGCCAGUGGUUGCCAUGGUCUGGGAGGGGCUGAAUGUUGUGAAGACAGGCCGGGUGAUGCUUGGAGAGACCAACCCAGUGGAUUCCAAACCUGGGACCAUCCGAGGGGACUUUUGUAUCCAAGUUGGCAGGAACAUUAUCCACGGCAGUGACUCUGUGGAGAGCGCGGAGAAGGAGAUUGCCUUGUGGUUUCGGCCCGAGGAGCUGGUAGAUUACAAGAGCUGCGCUCAGAACUGGAUCUACGAGUGACGUGGAAGCGGCUGACAGUGCUUCUCUCACUCCGUUCCCUCUCCCUCCCACGGCAGGGGACCAGACCCUAGCCGACCUACUUAUUUCUGAGAACUUCCUGAUUAUCUGGAGGGAUGCUCUUGGAGCUGUGAGUGUUCCCUGUGCAGUGUUAUAAGCUACCAUUCGAUUAAAAUGUUUCACCCCAACUGGGAUUCAUCGAA